AUGUUGGAUGCUCAAAAAGAAGCCGAAGCCAAGAUCGAUCUCCUCACCUCCUCCAACGGUCCGCUGGUAACUGGCAUCUAUAAGAUCUCCUCUCUGACCAAGGAGGUCAAGACGAAGCGCCAGCUACUCACGAAAAAGUUGACCAAUAUUCAGUUUGCUGCAAAGCAAUUCGACUGGACAAUUCUUCUUGACGCAGCCUCCACCCUGGUCUCGCUACGUGCGGAUCCGAAAUCUAUUGUCGAUACGGUUAAACAAGGCUACGAAAUAUAUAAAAAAGGAACAGACGAAUCAACGGCUAAGAAUCUACACGGUGAUGCAGUGAAGAAAGAGUACAUCAUCGACCAGCUCGCACAAUGUUCCGACACGUUGGAAUCACUAGAAAAAGCCUUCACAACUAGAAAAGACAAUCAGAUCGAGAUUGAUGACCCUGGAGCCCUGAAGAUUAUGGCUACCAAGGGCAACAUCCAGAAGAUUCUUCGCGAGUUCAAGAAUGCCAUUGUGGAGAAAGACAAGAAGGACAUAGAAAGCGCCUUGGAUGAUUACAUUGCUGUUACUCUCAACCGGAACAACGCCGUUCUGGAUUACAACUCCUCCCUGCAGCUACUAUUCGAAGCAAGCAAUGCUCGAGAAUAUAGCAAGAGUCAAGCCGAGUCCCUAGGGCAGAGGAGGCAUACCCUUGACCCGAACACGCCCGCGAUUUUAUUCUGGUUGCGCAAGACACGCGAUAAUAUGCGACUACAGCUCAUGCAACGCUUGAAUUACGAGAGCCGUGCUAUCAGAUUCUGGGGACUGAAAAAGCACCUCGACUAUUCUAGCCCAGGUCCCCUUCGUUCUUUCAUAGAGCUACGAGAUGGUCAGUCAAAGCUGAAUGCGGCCUAUGAGGACAGUCUCAAUAGCUACGCUAAUAAUAUUCGAGUCACAUGGCCACGUGAGGAGAAAGAGAAGGGCUUGUUUUACAUCUUGAGCAAUGCAGAAUUAAAAUCUUUCAAGCAGCGCCAGCGACUUACUACCUCGAAGGGCGACGACGGUGUUUACAGCGCAUCCAUUCGGUUGGAGCCAGGUGCACCCCCGUUUGGCCCUGGUCGUGCAGAUGUCAGAAUUAACCAGGUGCGCUUGUGGCUUCUUGGAGUCGAAGUGAAAGCCGACAAUGCCGGCCGCAAGCAACUGAUGGUGAAAAUUGCCCAUUCUGGAAAUGAAACCUUGGAGAACACUGACAGGCAGGCACUUGGGUUCUCCCACGACGCCGUCAAUAUUCAAUUCGAAUACAAUACGGCCAAAGUCCAAACGCCAGACGAUUUUAAAACCGAUGUCGUGUUCGGUAAGCAAGGGCUCGAGAAUGAUUGGAGUGGCGGUGAUAGUAAGCCAACUGCAUCAACGUUUGCUGCGAUAGGGCCCUUUACUGAGUGGCGCUUCUCUAUUCGUGAGUCCGAGAACGUCGGCUUAGACAUGGGAUCAGUGACAGCUGCAUAUGUUGAAUUUCGGGGAGCCAACCGGCCAUUCUCGGUGGAUUACCGAAAGGCGCCGAUUAAUCCCAUGGUGGAUCAGCGGAUAAAGCCUCAUUCCACAGGGCGGAAGCUCGACAUGAUCGACAUUCCGUAUGGGGCCUUGGCUGAUAACGAGUGGAAAUUUGAACCUAUUACAUUGCCCUGUGAGUGGGUGGAGGACUACCGCCCUGGUGGUUAUCAUCCCGUUGUUCUCGGCGAUAUCUUCAACAACGGUCAGUACAAGGUCAUCCGGAAGCUCGGCGAGGGUUCCUACUCAACCGUCCAUCUUUUGUAUUUUGUAGUUCAUCGUUACUUAUUUCGUUUUAGAAACCGUCGAUAUGUCGCCCUGAAGAUUCUCGUGUCAGAAAUCUCGGGAUCGACAACCGAGCUACGAAUCUUACGCCACAUCACCGAAGUCGCACCAGCAGAAGCCGGCCGGCAUAUCACGCGACUGCUAGGCGAGUUCGAACACCACGGCCCCAAUGGCGUCCACAGGUGCCUGGUAUUUGAGCCGAUGGGUCCGAGUGUGAAUACCAUGGUCGAGGAGCUGCCACAAUUUAAACCUCGCAUGCGAGGAAUGAAGAUUCGCUAUCCUCUUCGCAUGGCAAAGAGCAUCCUCAAGCAAUCCUUGCAGGCUCUUGCAUUUCUCCACGAAAAUGGCAUCGCCCAUGGAGACUUCCAGCCCGGGAACAUACUCUUCACACUUGACGAUAUCGGCUCGACGCCCGAGGACGUGCUCCGGCAAGAGGAAGAUGUACAAGCCGAGUCGAUCUCGCCCCCGGUACAGAGGCUAGACGGUAAAGAAGAUAAGUGGGCUCCUCGUUAUCUUUGCGUUGCGCAGUCGCUGGUGCCCUUUACCUACUACGCCGAAGGCUUCAAGGUCAAAUUAUCCGAUAUGGGCGGCGCAUAUUUCUUUACCGACCCACCAACAAAGCCCGUCACUCCACUCGGUCUCCGAGCUCCCGAGUUAAUUCUUACCGGAGCUGUCGACAACACUCUUGAUAUCUGGAGUUUCGGCUGCCUUGUGUUCGAGCUCAUCACUGGACAGCCACUCUUCUGUAUACCAGGGUCCGACUUUGAAGAUGACGACCAUCUUCUCUCCCUUACUGACCGGCUCGGCGCCCUCCCCGACGAGCUCUUCAAGCAUUGGAAGACCUCGUCGCUGUACUUUACGUCCGAGAGGAAGCUCUUUAAUUGUCAGCUUGGGGGAGUCGCUCCGGGGGGAGAACCGCUUAUGGUGGAGCAGACGUCCAUGGAAGAGUUGUUCGAUCAGGCAGGCCCGGAUCUUGAUGAGGAGGAAGCCCGCAAAGUGAAGGCGCUGAUUCGAUGGAUUUUGCAAUAUGAUCCCGCGAAGAGACCGUCGCCUGCGGAAAUCUUGUCUGAUCCAUGGUUUUGCGAGAUUGACGUUGAGAGCGAGUCAGCCAGGGUAUAG